AAACCCUGUCUUGGGGCUGGUGAGAUGGCUCAGUGGUUAAGAGCACUAACUGCUCUUCCAGAGGACCUGGGUUCAAUUCCUGGCACCCACAUGGCAGCUUGCAGCUGUCUGUAACUCCAGUUCCAGAGAAUCUGACAUCAUUAUACCAAUGUGCAUAAAAUAAAGUUAAAAAAAGAAAAGAAAAGAAAAACCCUGUCUUAGAAAACCAGCAAAAAAAGAUUGACAUGAAGUUGUAUGUUAUUGAGACAGGUUCACAUGUAGACCAGGCUGGUCUCAAACUCACAACAUGGCCUUACUCAACGCAAACAUGAGUUCUGAUCUCUCUACCCUCUUUCACAAAUGCUGGCAUUAGUAUAAGUGUGCACAAUCAUGUCCACCUGCAGUUUUAUCUUUUUGUUGCUUUUUCUUUCCCAUCUAGGUUCAAAGCUGAAGGAGGUCUUUGAAAAGAUCCAUAGCCUGCUCUCUGGAAAGCCCGUCCAAUCUGGUGGGCGUUCUGUGUCUGUCACUCUUAGCCCACAAGGGUUGGACUUUGUCCAGUACAAACUGGCAGAGAAAUUUGUGAAACAAGGUGAGGAGGAAGUGGCCUCUCACCAUGAAGCAGCAUUCCCCAUUGCAGUGGUGGCAUCUGGUAUCUGGGCGCUCCACCCUAAAGUGGGGGAACUUAUCCUUGCUCAUCUCCACAAGAAGUGUCCCUACUCCGUUCCUUUCUACCCAGCUUUUAAGGAGGGGAUGGCUUUGGAGGACUAUCAGCGGAUGCUUGGCUACCAAGUGACGGAUUCUAAGGUGGAGCAACAGGACAACUUUCUAAAACGAAUGUCUGGGAUGAUCCGUCUGUAUGCUGCCAUCAUCCAGCUCCAGUGGCCAUAUGGAAACCGGCAAGAGGCUCAUCCUCAUGGCUUAAAUCAUGGCUGGCGCUGGUUGGCACAGAUCUUAAACAUGGAGCCUCUAUCAGAUGUGACAGCCACUCUCCUGUUUGACUUCUUGGAGGUAAUUCCGUUAUGAAAUGAGAGACAGCCAGUGGUUGAGGUGGCUUCUGACAUGGGGUAAAAUGAGUGGGGAAGCAGCCUAGAGGUGGAGCCAAGUAGUGAACAGCUCAGGCUGCUGUCACCAGCAUGAGGCACGAGACAGGCCUCGCUUCCACUUUCCCUCUCACUGUCCUUGACUUCUCUGUCGACCAUGUUCUUCUCUCGUUAUAAUGUCUCGCGGUCCACAGGUAAGGGAAACACUUCAAGUGGAGGGAAGAAUGAAAUUCAUUUCAGCCCGGUACUGGGCCAGAACUUCUUGGAAUGUGACAUUAGCUUAUAUAUUUUUGCCAUAUGUAAGCAGAGCACAUGUUUGGAAAAAUCUUCUCAGAUAACAACAUAGCUCUGUGAGUCCAACAUACUUAAGACACAUUUACAAUAAAACUCCUUACAAAGUUCAUAUGGCUUCAUCCCUGAAAUGGGUUCUUGUUGGCUUGGAAACAGUUCUCAAGAUAAAGGUCUAGGGAGAAUGACUGAGGUAAACAUAACAUCCGUGGGAGUCAGGAUUGGCCUGGGGCGAAGACAAAAUAGAAGUCACAUAGGCUGUUGUGAAGCACAAAUUAUACCUCCAACAAGGAUGGUUUUAUGAGCUGAGAAGCAGUGCUCAAGGUUUAGGGGGAAAGGGCCUGGGAUAAGUAAAACAAAUUUUGUAAGAUACAGGCUGAGGCUGGCUCAUCAGACAGCAAAGGAUCACCAGGUUGUAAACUACAUCCAGGAGGAGGGCAGGUUAAAGUCUCUUUCCAGCUGGGCGGUGGAGGUGCAAAAGCAAACAGAUCUCUUGAGUUUGAGGCUAGCCUGGUCUAUAGGAACUAGUUCUAAGACAGCCAGGACUAUUACACACAUAGAGAAACCCUGUUUUUUGUUUGUUUGUUUGUUUGUUUUUUGUUUUUUUGUUUUGGUUUUUGGUUUUUGGAGACAGGGUUUCUCUGUGGCUUUGGAGCCUGUCCUGGCACUAGCUCUGUAGACCAGGCUGGUCUCGAACUCACAGAGAUCCGCCUGCCUCUGCCUUCCGAGUGCUGGGAUUAAAGGCGUGAGCUGAGAAACCCUGUUUUGAAAAAUAAAAAACAAACAAACAAAAUCCUCUUUCCUUUGAAGGAUGCCUGUGAGUUUAACUAUCCUGGCCUCUCUUUUACUGAUCUGUGUACACAAGUACUUUCUGCCCUCUGCAUGUCCUAGCCUAAGUAAAAAAGUAGACUUCAUCUUAGGGAUAUUGAAUUGAGUAGUGGAACUAUGGUAGGCUGUGCAAGUGAGUCUCUUGAGACACUGGAAACAGGAGCUGGAUCUCCCUGGGUCUAGUCUUCCAUAAACGUUCUUUCUCCUUGCCUCCUCGUGCUCUGUAAGGGUGCCAGCCAUCCUGUGCUGUCACCCAGUCUCAGGUUGGUUACCCAUUGUGGAGGGAUCCUUACCCACUGUUCUAUUCCUACUU